AUGACAGAAAAUUCUAGUUCUGACUCGGCAAUGAGCUUUGAUUCGGAUGACCCCGAGUACAAGUAUAUUCCUGUACCUGAAGUACUCAAGGUGACAACGGCUACAAACAGCGAAUACCAACUUUGCCCAAAAAUUAUGCAGCAAUCCGGACCUAUGUUGGCUGACGAUGCGGAUCAUCAAGUUACAAGAAGUUACAAUGUUCUGGUCCGUGGUGAAAAGGAGAAAGAGGGAAUAUCUUCAUCGUUGAAGAAUACAGAGGUCAAUGUAAUACUGGACUUUGAUAAAGAUGAUAUCCCUCGCUCAUUGCGACCACCGACUACAGCCGAACAUAAAGUCACUAAAUUCAAAAGUAAAAGACAUGAUGAGGAGAAGAAGAAACGAAAGUCAAAAGAUAUUAAAUUACCAGAUGUGCCAGUGAAGAAAGAUCUUCAAUACGAUAAAUAUYAUACAUCUGAAGCCGAAUUACAAAUACCAUCCCAGAGCAUAAAUUCUCCAAAAUCAUUGCAAUCAGAAGAAGUAAAGAAGAAAUCAUCUGACAACAUCGAACUCCAGCUUUUUAAUAAAAAGAGCUUUGAUAAGAAGAAAGCGUCACUGACGACAAAGGAUUCAAAAGGACAAAAAACAAAAGUGGUACUCAAAACUCACGCUAUUGAACGUCUUGAAGAAAAGAGAGAAUCAUCCAAACCACUAGCUGCAGAAGACGUAAGAGAUGGUAGCAAAGCCGAGGAAAGGGGCAUUUCGGGAUGUGAUGUACUUUUUGGAAAGAAAGUACCCCCGUCGUCCAAGGAUAGCGACACGUUCGAUCUCUCUACACCUGACAGACAUAACGUCCAACCAGUAUGGCGUCUAUUGACGAAACCCAAAGAUCCUUCUUUAGACAGUGAACUCAUCAACAAAAGAACAAAUCAUAAAAAGGCCAAAAGAAAGGGAUCAAGGGCAUCGCAGAGGAUGUGCUCAGAGGAAGAGCCGCCCAGUGAAG